CCACGAGGUGUCAGUUUGUUUCGAUCCACCGUACUAGCGUGAACUCAUUCGUCUUUGCGCGGGAAAUUUCUGAUAUAAUCGAAGGACGAAAAGAAUUGUCCUCCGGAAGUACAAAAAACAUUUUAAAUAUCAGCCGUGACGUCGAUUGCGAAGAUCGACGAAAAUGAAGAUUGCUGCGACCUUAUUUCUUUUUGUCAUCAUUGGCUGCACGUGGCGGGCUACGCUAGGCACAUGCGUCUUUCAAUCCGACUUUGGUUUUGCGCUUAACUGCGCCUUCAAAAAAUCUGGCCUCUUCCGGGUGCGAAACCUCGGAGGUGUUAAAGGUUUCCUUGGCUUGGGAUUCACGGUAGGUGAUGAACUAGGAUUUAGGGAGUCCCUAUCGAAUGUGGAAAGUGCAAGAAGAAGAAGUGUACAAACAGGAAAGACUGGUCUUUCUGUUGAUUCCACAAACGUGGCCACAAAUCGGAACGAUAAUCAACAAAAAGCAAGACAGGUCGUACCUCCUUUCAAGCCUCUGCCAGUAGGGAUGAGUCGUCCGAUAAGUCAGCAAUCUGAACAUCAAAGAUUGGUAGUUCAACAAAAUUCAACGGCUCUUAGGACGGUCGCUGCUCCAUCCUUGGGUACACAAGAAGAUAUGAUAAAGUAUCAGCAACAACAGGAGGCAAAGUUGAAGCAACAGCAAAAGCUUCAACAGGAAGCUCUUGCCUUGCAAGUAUUGAAGCAACAGAGACAACAGCAACAGGAAGCGAUGCGUCAGCAGCAUAUACAAAAGAUGCAGCAACAAUACAAGCAACAACAGUUGUUGAAUCAGCAACAACAGCAACAGAAGCAACAGAUGAUGGCUCAACAGCAACAACAGUUGCUUGCGAUGCAAGCUAAGAGGAUACAGGCCGCGAUCGCAAUAGCAACGACAACGAAGGCUCCUAGUAUCGUCCCAGCGAUAACGAAUAUGGUACAAUCCGAUCAUUUAAAACCUGUUUCGGCGGCACUAACGUCCCCGACUGGCAACGGCUUACCACCUUUCAUCGCCAUGCCUCAAUCGUCUUCCAGACUUACUGAUAGGAUCAGCAAUAGCGCUGAUUCUGAUAAUGAAGUAUCUAAGGAUGACUAUAAUCAGCUUCCUUUGCCAGGCGAAGAAGCUGCAUCCUCUGUGAAUAAAAUGACUUUACUCUCUUUGCAACCAAUCGUGACGGCUGAACAGGCUCAAAGUUUACCUCUUCAACAAAAUGAGAAACGACAGUCGUUACCAGCUUCCUUACCUUCAUUAGCACCGAUUCAAGGAAUGGAAACAUCCUUGAAAGCAUUAGCCGAAGCAAGUAACAUAACGCUCGAAGCGUUAGAGGCAGCUAUCCUUUUGAGACAACAACAACUUAUGCAGAAACAAAUGGGACCCAGCACGACCAGUACGACGACAACUACGACGACUCUUUCGCCCCACGUUAAAAACAAAUACGGUAAUUCUGGUGCUACGAAAGUAAUGAACGCUCCGCACGAAUAUUAUCCGAUAGGAUACGAUAAAAACUUUGACGAUAAUUUUGCAAGUCGGGUUGAUCUACCUGAUACCAGUUUCUAUUGUGGCGAUCAGAAACAUUUUCCAGGUCUUUACGCCGAUGAGGAUUUAGGAUGUAUGGUCUUCCAUGUAUGCGCAUUAACCGAUGACGGCUUGAUCAUGAAGAGCUUCCUGUGUCCCGAGUCUACUCUUUUCGAUCAAACGAUCCUGAAAUGUAACUGGUGGUUCUACGUCGAUUGUCCAGCUUCGAAAAAUCUCUACGACAGCAAUAUUCCAAUCAGCAAGAGUUAUCAGUUGAUGAAGGCUCUCGCAUUUUUCUCUGCUUAUAAGAAUCACGAUAACGCUAUUAAUCUUAAUCAAAAAAAGGAGGCGUACGAUGUCAUCGAGUCAUCCGCGCAUUAAAAUUAUCUAAGAAAAACUGUCGAAAAAAAAACGAAACGCAUAACUUCAUCGAACGAGAUAAACGUGAACUUAAUCAUUUUUUAAGUAGGAGAUAAUGGUCUCAUCAAGUUUUGUAUAUCAUCCAUUGAUAUGAUGGUAUGUCUGGGUUUUUUGUAUGCUUGUGUACGUGUGUAUAUAAUUUAUUUCAUAUUAACAGUGCAACGGUGUGAAUACUUUUUCGUAACGCGCUAACAUUGUAAAUAGUUGGUUAAAUCUUUAACGCACGUCUUAUUGUUAAUAUAUAUACAUACAUACAAACAUACAUACAUACAUACAUACAUACAUACAUACAUACAUACAUACAUACAUAUAUAUAUAUGUAUGUAUAUAUAUAUGUAUGUGUAUAUGUAUGUAUAUAUAUAUAUAUAUAUAUAUAUAUAUACAUAUAUAUAUACAUAUAUAUAUACAUAUGUAUAUAUAUAUAUUAAUUACGUCAUUAUAUAAUACUGUAAUAUUCACCUCGUAGGAUUGUUCUAUCCUACAUUUGUGUUAUCUUUUCUUUCUUGAAAAUAUUCGAAGCAGCUUGUCUUAUAAUUUAUUAAUAAACGAUACAAAUAAGGAUUAGAUAUAUGAAAGAGAAAAAAGACAAAGAAAAAAAAAAGAAAAAGCAGUGUAAUGUCACAUUUUGAUUUUCAUCAUCGUUUUAAAUUAGGUGCGAUUAUUCUGGAAUAUUCUUUCACGAUAUAAUAUAUAUAUAUAUAUAUAUUAUUUCGUUUAAACGUGUUCGAAUAUUACGUGUACACGUUUCAGUCACGCCAUACGAAAAGUAUUAGUCAAUCGUAUGUAUGAAGAAUUUGCAACGUCAUAAGGAUCUUCAAUUGACAGUUGAAAAGCGUCAUUUAAUGUUUCGUCCUUAGCGUGAAAUCGCACGUUUUGACAAAAAUACAAUGGAUUAUGAUUAAGCCACUAAGUAAAUGUAUAAAGCAUUUUUUACUAAAAACUACGAAGUUUUCGUGCUUGGAAGACGGAAUAUUGAUAACUAUCAUGUUUCGCCGAUGCAUGAAUUAUUAUCAUACUUUAACAUGGAAUUGCUGAAAUCUAUUAAUGAUUAACAAAUUUUUCUAAACAA